GCUGGUCGCCCUUUUGGGGAUCGUCAUCGUUCGGGCAUUUUGGCCCAAGCCCUUUAUUCGGUCCUGUGCUGUUUAUCAUCGCCCACCACUGCGCCCGGGGUUUCUUUGAUUGCUUAUUGGCAAUUUGCUUCAUUCCUCAUCCUUUAUCCCCAGUAUUCUUUUCCCUUUUCUCCAUCACCGCCCCUCGCAGCCCGACAUGUGUCGCCAACAUCUGUAUUCAUAAUGAGCAGGUGCUAAAGGAGCAUCCCUUCGGAGUUUGAUAUUCACACCGUAGUGGUGCCUUCUACAUUCCCCAAGUCCAAAUGUCAUCCCUCUUCGGCUCCAAGCGCCGUCGGCCUCCCAACCAGCCCCUCACAACGUCGACGGCGCACUCAGACGCGGCCACCGCAGCACUAUCUGCCUUUUCGCGCCGAGAAUCCACUCCUUCCCUCUCCGAAGCCGCUGCUGCCGCCGCCCUGAAGGCCCGACCUCACACCCCUACCGAUGUCUCCAGCAUCGUGUCCAAGCGACGCAGCGCUCGAAGGAGCGCCUCCAACUCGUCACGCGGCACCGCGAGCCCCCACCCGCCCCUCGAACGCGCCGGUAGCGCCGGCUCCAUGAGGGACCGCACCUUUCGAUCGGCAAGCCCGCACGGUCGCCAGCCCACAGGAGGCGCUAACGGAGCCGCCGUCCAGCCCGCCGAGUACGAUGCGCCCCCGGUACCAUCGAUCCCGCGCACCGCUCAGGCGCCGCAACAGCAGCAGGCUCCUCAGAGAGUCGGGAGCCUAAGGAUAGCAAGCACGCCAGUGCGGGUAGCGUCGCAAAAACUCAAAGAUGGAGGCGCUAAAGGCACAGGGACCUGGUUCGGCGCCCCGGCGGUUGGGGAUCUUUCCAAUGUUCGCACGUCUGACGCAGCCUUGGCUACGACAGGCCCUGCUACGGCGCCUCCCAAGGAUCCAUGCGCGAGACCUGAGAGCAGGUCAUCCGUAAAUUUCUCCUACCCGUCUCGCCUCCGGCUCGGGUCAUCGCCGCCCCCGUCCCCAAUGGCGGAGGAACACGAGCCACGACAGCUCGAGUCUACUGCGCAGUCACAGGUAAGAACCAAGCGGUCGUCCAUGACAACUUCGCAGCCCACCAGGAAGACAUCUACGAGGCAACGGCCGGCCUCGACGUCUUCGACUUCAGACAUGGUCUACGACCCCAACUCGCGGCGUAUGGUCUCGAGGGCGGAGCUCAUGGCCCUGGAGCAGAUUCUGGACGAUACGGAACCGAGACAAUCCCCGAAGAAGAAGAAGCUUUCAAGAGCUGGAAGCCACCUUUCAAGAGGGUCUGUCUCGAGAACUCAGACUGCUGAGCCUACCCAGGCAAAUCCAGAAUCCGUUCCCGCUUCGCCGGUGGUCAGGCAGGAGCAUACCCCGCCCUCUACAUCUGGCUAUAUCGAAGUUCAACAGCCUGUUGCAGGGUCGGACUGUGUCGGGCCUGACUAUGAAGGAAAAGAGCGCGUUGAGCAGCCGGUGCAGAGCCGUGCAUCUACCGAUGGCGGUCGGGAAGUUGCGUCUCCAUCAAACUACCUUCCGGAAGUCGUGGUUGCAAGACGGGCCGAGACAUCUUCGCCACCGGAAGGCAGGCCUAGCUACAUGCUGGGAAAGCGACCUUCGAUCAUUGAAGAGCAAGUCGAGAUGGAGGCUUCGGAGUACGAACGUCCGCCGUCGCCACUUGCACUGGCUGGCGCUGUCGAGUCGGUCGGUACCAGGCAGUACAUCUCGGAGCAGCCUGCUGCUGCCCCUGAGCCCCGGCAACCACAACAGGCGCCACAACAGAGUGCACAACCGGCCAGGGCGAUAGUGUCGCCCGCAGAGCUCUCGGCGGAGGCGCCGGACGUGGUCCCUAUCAAUGAGAUCAGUGAGGAAAAGCCUUCUUCCCCCGUCGAGCCAAGGCAAGCGCACACGAUCAGGUCCCAGAGAACACACUCAAACAGCCCAGUGCGGGUCGCACACUUUGGACCAGUUCAAAGAACCCUUUCUGUGCGCCACUCGCCACCUCCGCGGUCCAUCUCGCCGAGGAAGUCGGCUCUGAAGCAGCAUAGCCCACCGCGGAGCACUUCCUCCGAUGAUGGACCAGAAUCGAGCGCAACGUCUCCCACCCACGAAGAUGCAGCGCUGGCUCGCAAGAAGUCAGUUCGCGUCAGUUUCAACGACAAAGAAACAGUAGUGGGAAACGACGAGCCAGCCGAUGCACCUUCUCCCAAGGCGGAAUCGCCGAGGGCUUCGAGUCCACCGUCCAGUGGUCGCCGCACCUGGUUUAGUAACAUCGGCAGGAGCAAGAAGAAGGACCUGCCAUCCUUCGACGAUGACGAGGUCAUGAAGCCACGCCCUGCCCUGCCGUCGUUUGGUAGCGUGAGGGAAAAGAAGAAGCCAAGAGGGGAGGAGGAGCGACCGCUUGUUCGACCUGCCGAUCCGACAAAUCUGGCCCACUCGCCCGAGUCCCCGAUUGCUCGACUUGGCGCAGGCUCAGCUAACGGCGGGAACAAGAACGGACUAGGCCAGUCUAACGAUCGAGUUAUCGGUGGUGUUAUCUCUCAAGACUGUGCCUCGAGAAUCCCGGCCAACACGUCGAGGUUCAGGGAGCCUCUGCCACCCGUGGUGACUUCAAGAGAGGGCAGUGGUUACAUCUCGAAUACCGACAGCAGCUCCGACAGUGACGAGGAACUUCUGAGAGACACGCCUACUUUGUCUUCCCAGCCGAGUGGCGCUACUUCCGUUUCCGUUCCAGAUCCUGAGUCCGAGUCAAAAUCGACAAACGGCUUCGUUUCCUCUUCUACCAUUGUCACCAGUUCAGCAAGGACGCCAACAAUUCAGGCCGAGGCGAGUAGCAGUCAGACACCAGUGGCAGAUUCUCGGAACCCUGGCCCGGUGCCCAUGCCGACCGCAGCAGUGCCUGCCAUCGCUAUCUCUGCACCAAGCCCCAGGCUGGACGAGGGACAGAAGCCUACGCUAGGGAAGACUGUUGCUCUGCCAGGGGGGUUUCCUGAUGAUGAUGAAAACGAACACGCCUCGGCACAGCAAACUUCACCUGGCCAAGCUACAAAUGAUACCCAACCUGCGUCUGCAAGACAAGUCACUUUUGAGCUAGUUUCGCAGGCUUUGGACACCAAGUCAACUAUUCAUACCCCAGCGACCGUGGCUGCUACUCACUCAGCCAUGACGGACGACUCGGACAGCGAUGGAAGUAGCAUUUACAGCGACGCUUACGAGGACCCGGCGGACAUGGAUAAUGACGGUUUCCAGUCGAUCGACGCCAUACUUGAGAGUCCUGUUGUCGCCAAUGCGUCUGCAAGUCCGCUACGCGAUGGGGCGCCAGUCGAAGUGUCAGAAGCUGAGCCUGUCAUGCAGCGCCCUCCCACGCCAGUGGCGUCGCCUGCGCCCGAGGUGGUUGCGCGAGCAGUCCCGUUCCAUCCUCUUGAUGACUGGGAAGCGGCUAAAGCCUUCUGGCGGGGUCUGACUGCCGAUAAGAGGGCGCAGUUGGAGAGAGAAGCAGCCGAGGAGGCGGGCGCUGAGGCGGAUUUGGACCAAGAGGCCAAGGUGGAGGCGGCCAAGCCCAGGCGGAAAAAGUCGGUCGAGAAGAGGCAAGCAGAGAAGAGGGCGAUUCAGGAGUCGGCACACGGCAACCCAGAGCGUGUCUAUAUGGCCAAGCCCGGCACCAAGGUCGAGGGCUAUGUCGCUAGCCCCGUGCUCAGAAAGAGCAUGCGACAAGAGGAACCCCGCGAGGCGGCUCCUACAGGAAGGCCUGUUCUCCGCAAGUCAAUGCGAGGAAAGGCCACGGCGGAACCGCAGCGACCCUCGACAAGCUAUGCCAGCCCUGACGCUCGGCCCAGUGCAGCACUCGGCCGCCCAAUGACGUCGCAUGUUUCGACAACCCAGGCGGCAGCCGGGGCGGCUCACCGGACGCACGACAGGACGAACUCGGAUGCCAGCUCGCUGCCACAGAGGAGCGGCGCCAUGACCAGCUUCUUCCCAGCUGUGCUGAAGCGAAGGGGUUCGACUUCAAGCGAGAGCAGCUUUAGGCGGUCCACCACUCGGCGAGCCUCGGCUGCAUUUGGGAAGGACGAGUCUGGAGGCUUUUCUAUGCGCAGAACCCUACGCGGCGCAGCUUCCCCGGAACAGGAACAGGUGGAGCCCAGCCGGCGCUUCUCCUUGAGGUCGUUCUCCCCCGCGGACUCGACGCGACGAGGGCAGAUGGCGCAAUCGCCCCCGGUCAGCUUCAACAACCAGCAACGCAUGCGCUCAUCCCUCCGAGACGGCAAGAGUAAGGACAGCAAGCCCAAAGGUGAUGGUAGCGGCAUCCACAUUCCCUCGCUGUUCAGGCCCAAAUCGUCCAAGGGCAAGAAGUCGAGUCGAUUUGACGACUCGAGCGACGAGGAGGGAGGAGUCGGGGGAAGCGGCUUUCGGAGCCGGUUCGAAGACUCUAGCGACGACGAGACCACGGCACCGCCGGCGCCCCUCCCGGCAAUGAGCACCAAGACCCUGCGGUCGGGUGCGAGCUCAUCGAGGCCACAAACUGUUCGGGAGGAGGCAGAGUCGCCGAAUCUCCCUGACAGCGACGACGACGAGAAGCCAGUGGCGCCAGUCAGAGCGACGGUUGGUAGGGCUACUUCGUCGGGUUCCGGACGGCUGUCGCGACAAGCCCCGAACAUGGCUCACCAAAACUCACGCUCGGGCCGCGGCGCUGCGUUGGGGACAUCGCUUAUGAAGAGUGGCUCCAUCAGCAGCACUCCCGCAGGCGGCAGUCCUCCAGUCAGUUCGACGGGCCGCCGUGGAAACUUCAUGUCGACAGUGCUAAGACGCAAAAAGACUGGCGGCAACGAGCCGGGCAAGAUCCAACGCGGCGAGGUCAUGGACAGUGCGGCUCGCCGCGACACGGCUCUAGAGCGAAGCGCACAAGAGCUUUCUGCGCUGCGCUUGCAGAGGCGCACGGCGUUCAUGUCCAUGGUGCCUACAAUGCAGCGCAGCCAUAGCGAUCAGCCGGACCAAGACUGGCCGCUGGCGACGCCGGUAGACGGGGACGAUGAAGAGAAGACGAUUGCGAGCUCGCGUCCCAGCUUUGCAAAGCGUAGGAGCUUCUCACAAGGCGACGCGAUCUCCAGGGUGACCAACGACGACGCCCUCGUGCUCGUGCCCGACAACAUGGACGAGGCGGCGCUGGCCACGGGCGCGGGGCCGCAGAAGAAGAAGAAGCGGUUCCCGGCGCUGAGGCGCAUGUUCAGGCUGGACGACUAGGAGGCCGGGUGUCUGCCGCCGAAGCCGCCGUCGGGGGCGUAUGCCAUCCGGCUGGGGACCGAUUCCUGCUGCACGAUCUUGUUGGUUCUGUCCUGCGGCUGCGGUGGUCACGUGGGAUGCGGGAUUGAUGGACGAGGUGGCUCUACGAAACACGAUACCUCGAUAACCUAAUGGCUGCUUUUUUUCCUUUUGUUUUCUAUUCUUUUUUUUUUCCUUAUUUCCUGUCGCUGGUUUGGCUGGUAAAAGUCGUUGGAACGGAGGGAUUUGGCGUUUUCUCACCCUUUCGACUGCAGAGCCAUGGGUUACUUUUCCUCGUUAAUUUUUGGACAGCCAAGACGUUUACCGUAGUACCCCUGAGAACAGAGAGAUUUAUUUCGCGAUGUUUACAAUUGAUAGUUGUGUUUGUUGGGGUUGUGUUUAAAUUCUUUCACUG